GAGAGCGAGGAGAAGAGAGAGAGAAAGAGAGACAGAGAGGAGGGAGAACAGGGAGAGAAACAGCGGUGACAUGGUGUAAAAGCGGAGGAUUACUACUCUUCUUCUCCGGUGCUGUUACCGUCCUCACGUCCGCCCCGUCCCCGCUUUUUGAUGCUGUCCUCACGGGGCCGUGAGCCACGAUCGGACCCGGCGGAACCAUGCACAGGCUGCUGCUCCUGAGUUUGCUGCUCACUUCUCAAACUGUGUGGACGGCGAGGUUCUCUCAGGAGCCAGCAGACCAGUCGGUGGUGCGGGGCCAGACGGUGAUCCUGUCCUGUGUUGUCUUCAACUACUCUGGCAUCGUUCAGUGGACCAAAGAUGGCCUCGCUCUGGGCAUUGGAGAAGACCUGCAGGCCUGGCCCAGGUACCGUGUGUUGCCUGUGCAAGAGUUGGGGCAGUACAAUCUGGAGAUCCAGUCAGCUGACCUGUCCGACGACUCCGUGUACGAGUGUCAGGCCCCUGAUGCAGCGCUGAGGUCCAGAAGGGCCAAACUCACUGUCCUCAUCCCCCCAGAUGACCCGGUGAUCGAUGGGGGUCCUGAGGUGCUGCUAAACGCCGGCGAGUCCUACAACCUGAGCUGCGUGUCUCGAGGGGCGAAGCCGCCAUCGAUGGUCGAGUGGCUCAAAGACGGUCUGCCUGUGAACGGGGCCGCCAGUGCUACUGAGGUGCUGCCAGACAGGAAGAGAGUGACCACACGUAGCUACCUGCCCAUCCACCCUGUCGACACCGACACUGGAAGGAACUACAGCUGUGUGGCCACCAACCUGGCUAUUCCCGGCGGCAAAAUGACAACUGUCACGCUCAACGUCCACCAUCCACCGACAGUGACCUUGUCCAUCGAGCCGCGUUCUGUCAUGGAGGGGGAACGAGUCACCUUCACCUGCCAGGCGCACGCCAACCCUCCUAUUAUGGGCUACAGGUGGGCUAAAGGUGGCGUGGUGCUGCAGGGCGCCAGGGAGAGCGUGUUCACCACCAAGGCGGACCACUCCUUCUUCACCGAGCCUGUCUCCUGUCUGGUUUUCAACGCAGUGGGAAAGACCAACGUCAGCAUCCUGGUGGACGUCCACUUCGGUCCGAUCCUGUUGGUGGAGCCGCAGCCUCAAACAGUCGACGUCAACGCCGAUGUCACCCUCAACUGCAAAUGGGCGGGGAACCCUCCGCUCACACUCACGUGGUUCAAAAAGGGAUCAAACAUGGUUCUGAGUAACAGCAACAAUCUGCAUAUGGAGUCAGUGAGCCAGGCGGACGCCGGCCAGUACGUUUGUAAGGCCAUCGUCCCGCGGAUUGGAGUAGGAGAGACUGAGGUCACGCUCACUGUGAACGGUCCUCCCUUCAUCUCCAGUGAGCCCGUCCAGUACGCAGUGAGAGGAGAGAAAGGCGAGGUGAAGUGCUACAUCGCCAGUAUGCCUCCUCCGGAUAAGAUUGUGUGGGCGUGGAAGGAAAACGUGUGGGAGAAGGAGAAGGGGACGCUUCUGGAGAGGUACACGGUGGAGCAGAGCAAAUCGUCGGCCGAGGGCGGCGGCGUCCUCUCCACCCUCACCAUCAACAACGUGAUGGAGUCCGACUUCCUG